AAAGACAUAACAGCAGGACGACUCUGGUGAAAGCUCACAUCUUAAAAAUUAGGUGGACUCUACAGCUUGCUGAGGCUUUUUCUCGUCGUAGUUAGACAUGAAGACCGAUUUUUCUUCCCAAGAAGAAGUAGUAGUUGUUUUUCAGUAAAGGAAAUGCCAACUGUCAGCAGUUAUAUGAGUUUCCGUACAUCAAAAAGAUUAAAAUUUAGCAGCAACUAUCCGGUAGAUGGGAGUGGUGGCGGAGUACCAACCAAAUUGAAGAAAAGCAGGAGCGCCUCGAGCAAAGAUGGCGUCAAAAAGGUGGAGCCCCGGAAAACGUCCUUCGAUGCUGCUCUGAUGGAAAUCGAGAAACCUCACAAGACCCUCACCAAACAGUCAUCUACCAGGUCGCAGUCGUUUGAAAGUGACUGCAAAAACUUUGAAAGGACAGAAGGCAGCGGCACCCAAAGUAGUUUCACAAAGCACAAUGCAACAUUCCACAAGUUGUUUCCAGCCAUUCCAGAAAGUGAAGACUUGAUACAUGCAUACAUCUGUGCCCUGCAAAAAGAAGUGCCCUACCAUGGUCGACUGUACAUAACUGGCAGCCGUGCCUGUUUUCACUCCUCUGUUCUGCUCAAAGACACUAAGGUCGUUAUCCCUGUUUCCUCCAUUCACAUUCUCAAGAAGCAGAACACUGCUUUGCUGGUACCAAAUGCCUUGUCAAUCCGAACCACAGAAGGAGAAAAGUUUCUGUUUGUCUCGUUGCGGAACCGAGAAGCUUGUUAUCAGCUUCUGCGGUCUGUGUCCCCUCAGCUGGAGGAUCGCAGCGCUAACAACAGCCCAGUCAUCUCCUCUGCUGAGCACAGCUUCGACAAGUGCAAACUUGUGAGCUCUAGCCAGUCCAGUCUGGACGGCAGUUCAGACCGGUGUGACGGCUCAGACUUGCCAUCCUUACAGGACAAACACGUGGACAGCAGCACACGCGGAGAGACAGUGCCUAACGAAAGAGGUUCCACUUUCGGGAGCCAGCAAAGCGAGAGCUCGUCUUCAGAGGAGGAGGGGUCCGUAUCAGUUUCAAGUAACUCGUGGGUCUGGAAUGUGACGGACAAGGCCAAGUCCCUGCUGGUUCAGAGCGAGGUCGGCACCCUCAACAUCCUGCUCUUCAUCUACUUGAUACUGGUUGUCUUGCUGCUGCUGUCCUCGGGCUACAUCGGGCUCCGUAUCGUGGCCCUGGAGGAACAGCUGAUGUCACUCGGUGCACUGCCGGAGUUUGCCCUUCAGAGUGGGUACCACCAGGACACAUAACCCUCGGUGACGACUGCUGAUUUGAGAAGACAUUUUGGUGCUCGUCCAGAGUGAGAGAAAUCCGGCCGACCUGUGCAAUUUCCAGAGACAACUUCUUCAACUUGAAGGGCUAACUAAACCCCUCCCACGCCGUCCCACGGAGCCCAGCCAAAUCGCACCCCCACACCUGCCUGGUUGCAGCGUGUGUGAACCAAAGCCAAGCGGCUCCAGCUUAGACCUCCAGCACGCCGUCUGAACAGGGCUAGUGCGAGCAUGACGGACGCGUCACGUGCACGUCUCUCUCCGCAUGAACCCUCUUUGAAUGUCUCUUCUGUCCUGUGGUGCCGAAACCCUGAUCGUGACGACGGUCGGCCCACAAAAUUGUCUCUCGACGGUUUAAUGAUCAACGCUCUGAGGUGGUCCUGCACCGUCAGCGCACACGUAGUCUAGCCGGGACGAAAAGAUGUCUUCACUUUGUAGAAGUUUCAGCUUCUUUAAGAAGCACCGAUGACUUAUUGCUGAUCAUUUCUGACACUCGACUGGCUGAAAAGGUCCAAGUUUCAACAAAUAGUCCCACCAAAUUUCAGUAUGCAGCAAGUUUGUGUUGUGCAUGAAAAAAAUGUAUUUUUUAUCUGUGUGCUGUUUUUAAAAAAGAAGAGCGUUUGUGGGAGAGAAAGCGUGUUAAGAAGGUUGGAAAAAAAGAGAAAAGAAUGAAAGGAGCGAGUGCACUUUACCAAAUGUGUCGUGCCUGUCACAAUCCAAGACGUCGCGUUUUGUUGGAUUGAAGAGAAAAUGGCGAAGCGUUGUCGUUGGGGCGUUUGACGGUGCUAAGACCUUUUUUUUAUUGUUUUGUUUGUUUCGACGUGUUUUCACUCAGGGCUGGUGGGCACGGCCCGCCUGGUGGAUUUCCUCUGACAUUUCAAAUCUUGCCACGGGUGCUUCUAAACUGUCCCUCUGGAGAGAGAUCGCCUCAUCACUUUAAUAAUUGGACCUGAUUUAGUCGUCCUUUUCAUCCGCCUGAUGAUGCAUAUCCACGUAGCAAGAGUUCCGCCUGUUUGCUGCAUAAACACGUGCAGUACCUUCCACUGUCCUCAAGGGGACUCAAUGCAAAAAAUCGAAUUGAGGGCAGGGUUUUGUGGUUUUGCACUAUUCAAAGUGUACAUUUUGUAACAAUUGUUAAUGUCCUUGAUUCUAUUAUGACCCUAUAAAUAUUCUGUAUAUUUAUUUGCAUUCUGUGUGAUUCAAAGUAGUCUCUGUGAGAUGACUUUGCUAUUCAAAAUAAAAAAUGUUGCAAAGUAAAAAACAAA